AUGCUCAAGGUGUCCUCCUACAUGUACUUGGCGGUGCUGGCAAUCAUCGACACUCUAGUCUUAUACAACGGCCUGUUACGGAUUUGGCUUGUGGAGCUGAUCGGCUUCGACUACCAAGGAGCGGGAAAUUGGAUCUGUAAAAUAACGGUGGCCUUUGGUUACGUGUCCAGCGACUUGUCCGUCUGGCUGAUCAUUGCUGUUACCGUGGAAAGGUACAUUGUGGUGUGUUUCCCCUUCCAGGCCAGCUCCAUGUGCAACGUCUCCAGGGCCAGGAAGGUCAUCGUCGGCCUCUUCCUGCUGAUGCUGGUGCUCAACGUCCAUUUCCUGUGGACGGCAGAGAUAAUUGAGGAACAUGAACAGAUCAUGUGCCGGGGAGGGGAGCACUUUCGACAACUGGUGGAGGAGAUCUGGCCCUGGGUGGACACGCUUAUCUACAGCUUUCUUCCCUUCCUGACCAUCACCAUUCUCAACGUUUUCAUUAUCAGAGAGGUGGCAGGGGCCCAUUCCAACAGGGCUCGCUUGGCGGCCUCGGAGUCAGAGACCUCAUGCAUACCCCCAGGGGGCACCAACGCAAGUGGGGGCCCCGCGGCGAGAAGGGGCAACACGUGCGAAGGGACCCGCCUGACCGCCCUGCUUCUUACAGUGUCCUUCACCUUCCUACUUCUGACCUUGCCCAACAACAUCGCCUUGAUCGUGUCCCGGUUCUGGAACCAGAAGUACGAUAAGAAGGAAGACCAGAUGACAUUCCAGGAGAGAAAGCUGGCAGUGCACGGCAUGGCCAAGUUCAAGCUGCUCAUGACCAUCGCGGAACUGCUCAUGUACACCAACCACUCCAUCAACUUCUUCCUCUACUGCGCCACGGGCAACAAGUUUCGGCAGCAGGUCCUGGACCUUCUACGGUGCCUUCGUCGCCACGGCCACCGCCAGACUCCAGCCGAGCAGACGAUUACUUCUUACUCCGUGCGGAAGACGUCGCAGUCGUGGUGCAGCGAGAUGACCCUGGCCAAACUCAACGCUCGGAGGCGCAGCAGCUGCGUCAGCAGUGAAGACGCCGAUAAAAUGGUGAACAACGAUGUGAUGUUGGAUGGGCAGCCGCAAUCGGGGGUCAAAACCAAUGUCGGCUUCACAACUGGGAAUGUCAACUCAAUAAGAAGCACACCCGAAGUAGCCGCUGGUAACAGCAGUCAGAUUCUGAAUAUGAAAUAUGGCAGUGAAGAAUCUUCUUGCCGGAGGAAUAUGCUCAAAGAAUAUGAAAUAGUAAAAAACACUUGCUCAGAUCCUUGUCAAAAUCAUCCACGAAAUGAUACAGAAUACAUUCAGCCUGGGUACCUCACCCAGAAACACUGCGGGAACAAAGCACAACAGAGGAAAAGUAUUCUUCGCAGCUGGAUAUCCCAUAAAGUUUACAAUAACAGCAAGAAGCAUAAACAAAUCUUGCACGCGGAGCGAGGCCGUGCCGGCUCUGAUUGUGUUGAGAAUGAAUAUAUUCUUCUGAAACCUACCGUACGCUGGUGCGAGUCUACGACCAAAUGUUGA